UUCUAGAAGCCGCAUGAUCUGAAUAUGCACAGAAGCUAAGCACCACGCUGAAAUACUUGUAGUUAAGAGCCUUUUUAUAAGACAGUCAGAUAUUUGUCUUGUAUACAUACUUACUCAAAGUAUGAGGAGAUAUUGGAAAGAAUGGCUGCAGAGUGAUAGCUUUACAUUAUAAAUAUUUUAUGAAAUAAUUGCAAGUACAAAUGAUUUGGAAGAAGGAGCCAUUUUAGCAGAGCCGUUAUAGUGGAUGGCCCUUUGUUGUGCUGGUUGGAUCUAUUUCAACCACUUGGCAUAGGCUGAAAAAUGGUAAGUUUUUAAAAAACAGUUUUAUUGACAACAGGAGAUUUGCUAAUAAGUCUCUGGAGGUUUUUUUUUUUUUAAUUAUUUAAAUACUUAGUGACUGGUUUGUGUGGAGAAUCUGAACUCCCCUGCUGGACUGUGUGCAUACCAAAUGAUGUCACGUUGGUAACUGCUGGAGUUAGAGAGGAGGAACAUUUCAAUUUGUUUCUAAAACACCUGUGAAAUACCUUAUACAAUUUUGAGACGAUAAUUAGAUUAAGUAAGUAAAUAGCUGGAUUAAACCUUCCAGACUGGCCCUAAUUUGCCUUCUCUGCAGUUGGAAUUCUGUAGUAAGUACGUGGACUUUAUAGCUGUGAUGAAAUUGUAUAUAGUGCUAGUCAAGCCAAAUACAUAUAUAACUAAUUGUGUCCUUCAUUUUCUCAGUCUCUGACCUGGGAUUCUGCAGUCUGGUUUGCAAAUGUGCUGAAUCUCCACCGCUGAUGUUAACGGGAGCUUGUGCUUCAGACAUGCAAAGUGCAGUAGAAUUUGGAGUACUGAGAGUAUUCCAGGCUGCUGAUACUCUUGCUGUGAGACAGAAGAGAAGGAUCUAUGAUAUCACCAACGUUUUGGAAGGAAUUGAUCUGAUUGAGAAAAAGUCAAAAAACAGCAUUCAGUGGAAAGGAGUAGGUGCUGGCUGCAAUACAAAGGAAGUCAUAGACAGACUGAGGUAUCUUGAAGCUGAAAUUGAAGAUCUAGAGCUAAAAGAAAAAGAAUUGGAUCAGCAGAAACUGUGGCUACAGCAAAGUAUCAAGAAUGUUAUGGAUGACUCUACAAACCACCAGUUUUCAUAUGUCACCCAUGAAGAUAUUUGUAACUGCUUCAAUGGAGACACACUUCUAGCAAUUCAAGCACCUUGUGGUACACAGUUAGAAGUACCUAUACCCGAAAUGGGACAGAAUGGACAAAAGAAAUACCAGAUUAAUCUUAAAAGUAGUUCAGGACCCAUCCAUGUGCUGCUUAUAAAUAAAGAAUCAAGUUCCUCCAAGCCCAUGGUGUUUCCAGUUCCUCCACCUGAUGACCUUGCACAACCCCCAUCUCAACCUGCAACUCCAGUUACUCUUCCUAAACCUACUACCACUACUCAGAAUCCACCAGAACAACAUGGUCUUAACCAGGGGCAACAUUUACCACAAACAUCAGUUGUAGACACGCCAUCAGACAGCAGUUUGCAGCACAACAGUGCAACUUCAGCAACUCCUUAUUCCAGCCUUCCCGACUCUGUGUUAUACCCCAGCCUUUCAGGAGAUGUCGCCCAAGCUACAACUAGCUCAAAUGACUAUCAGGCUUUGCUCCCUUUGGAUGUUAACUGUAUUCUCAAGCCAAAUUCAUUUGACAUAGCAAAGAUGGAUGAGCCUGCAGGAACUAUCAGUGGAGAUAUUAUUGAUGAACUCAUGUCUUCUGAUGUUUUUCCCCUCUUACGACUCUCUCCUACUCCCGGAGAUGACUACAACUUUAACCUGGAUGAUAAUGAAGGAGUCUGUGAUCUCUUUGAUGUGCAGAUACUAAAUUAUUAGAUACUGUGUCAACCAGACUAUCUUAUCUACCUCUAACUAUAACAUUCUAGACUUCUUCAUAACCUAAGUAUUUGAAUAAUGAAUGUAUAACUUCUUACUUCACUGACUCUGGGAGUAUAUUGCCUUUUGCUUCCUUUAACUACUUCACAAAACAAAUGGAACAACCAGAGAAAAGGGCUUUCAUCAGAAAUUCUGGCAUUUUUUUCACCUGCGUGUCUUUCGUGUAAUCCAGUGAUUUCAAGUUUUCUUUUGUAAGAAAAGCAAAAAUGCUUUAUAGCCUUUUGAUCAUUUAAAAAAAAUGAUUUGGCUUCUUGCUCACAGUUAUCAGCAUUUUUUUGAAGCUUGACUGCCAAGAAGCUUUCUAUACCUUUCAAUCAAUAACCUUUCAAUCAGUUUUGAAGCUUUCACUGCCAAGAUGAAAAGUGAAGGACAUCAGCUUGAGUUAUCCUAAAUUGUUUCAGUGAACGAAUUUUGUGAAGUGCCUUCUGUUUUAGCACUUUAAGUUUCUCACACUGACUUCUGACAUUCCGCUUUCCUAGAUUAUAGGAAAGGUCUGUUUGUAGUUUGUAUUAAAGUGUGCCAAUACUUGUAUAUUAACAAGAUUUUUUUAAUAAAAUUGUACAAACAAA